CUGACAGAGCCUUCUCUCAGUAGUCUGUGUUCAUUUUGACUGUUUGCACGUUUUAAAGCUAACGGAUAUGGACGGAUAGCAGUACCACCGCAAAUCAUGGGAUGUCGUGAUUUAUUUAAUGGCCUCACAGACCACCAGGCGCUUUUAUUAUCACAGCCAAGUUUGCUCUCCAUUCUGAGCUGCCCUCUAGUGGAUGCAUUGCUAAACAGCCAUGCCGAUGUUGACGACACAUGGGUUGAUCUGUGGGUUGUCGUGUUUUUGGUAAAUUCGCCUAGUGUUGCUUAAAACUGACCCAAUUCCAGCAAAACUGCAUUCAUCUCAGUUAAACUAAGGUUUAGUGUCAAUUUGCAAUUGUUUGUAUACAGAACCGAGAUGGGGAACAUGCGAGUAUUGUCAACGCGAGUAUGUCAACAUGCUGAGGUCGGCAAAUAAUCAAAUAAUGAGUGACAGCAUCUGAGAAAUUUGAUUUUGUCCUCAGAAAAAUUAGCCUAGUUGUGAAUUUGCUGUCAACCACUGUGUGCGCCCUGUUGUAGUCAGAAAGUAGAACCCCUCCUCUCAGCUCGCUGUUGACCCCAGCCAGCGCUGGCUAACCAAAGUGAGACCAUGCCUUUUUAAAUCUUUCCGCAUGCAAAGAAUGCAGAGAGAGGUCCAAGUCAAACAAGAAUCUUCCUCCAGGUGAUAUAUCGUCGUGCAGCUGAUUGGGUUUCCGUUCCCCCCCCUCCCCGGUUUUGCUUCUGUCUGCGAUGACCUCAAAUGCUGCAAACAUGUAGUGGUUUCCUUCUCCUCGCACAGAUCCCCGUUUCCCUCCCUCCCUCCUCUCUCAUGCAUGUACUGAUCCAGUGCUUCUCUUCUCUCUCUCUCUCUGCUCAAGCGGCUCCACCCACCUGCAGAUAAAAGCCAAGCCCGGGCAGAGCUGCCGUUCAGCGUCCGUCUGUCCCAAACUCCUCAGAGCUCUGUGAUACUUCCACCCUGCAGCAGCACAGCACGCACAAAGGGAACAGCGGGAUCGCAGCCAACACCUGGCCGGAAUCCCGUGCACGGCCACCGUCCCACUUAUGCAGCGGACAAGACCCAGAGAAGCGACGUAAAGUUGGGGGGAACCAGGGAGAGAGACGACUUUUACGUUUGAGACGAGGAGAACGCCGAAAAAAAAAUGGUGUCCGCAGCGGUCCAUUUCCUCCCUCUACUCGUCCCAGUGUUCCAGCUGUGUUUGUUACGCCCAGCCCACGGGGCGGUGUAUUACGGACACAACCAGCCACCUCACCAACCUCUGCCGCAGCACAACGACGGGUACCCUCAGCAACAGUUUUUGGGGAACGAGAUGCCACUCAUGCCAUUAGUGCCUCAGUAUGGAAAAGAACUGCCUCAGCUGCCUUUGCAAAAGGGAAAAGUGAGACCAUUGUUUGAAGGCAAAGGUCAGACAUUCCCCAGAGGGGCUAAAGGUCCACCUCCCCCUGGCCCUGGCGUAGAAGGUCUCCAAGAGGGCCCGCAAGGAGUUCAAGGCCCCCCUGGACCGACGGGACCACCGGGACCACAGGGCCCUGCCGGACAACCAGGCCAGGGAUUUCCCGGGUUACCGGGAAAGCCGGGGCCUCCAGGUCCUCACGGUUACCCCGGAAUCGGAAAGCCCGGUAUGCCGGGAUUGCCAGGGAAACCGGGAGGACCGGGGUUGACGGGACCAAAAGGCGAACUCGGUCCAAGCGGUAGCGAGGGACCAACCGGACUUCCCGGUCCCGCCGGGCUUCCGGGUCCCCCCGGACUCCCCGGGAUUUCGAAAACGGGAGGCCAGGGGCUUCCGGGCCAGCCGGGACCUCUAGGGGAACCGGGUCAAAAGGGUCCACCUGGGGUAUACGGUCCCCCGGGCCCCAAAGGAGACAAAGGAAUCGGUCUCCCCGGUUUGCCAGGUCUGAAAGGACCUGGCGGAUCACCCGGUCCACGUGGGAACGUGGGCCUCCCCGGUAUCGGUAAACCUGGCCUCAAUGGAGUACCUGGACAACAGGGACUACCAGGAAAACCAGGUCCACCUGGAGAACAAGGCCAGGCGGGACCAUUUGGGGAAACGGGUCAACCGGGACAGCCAGGUUUGCCAGGAAUUGGCAAACCGGGACAAGAUGGAUUUAGAGGUCAACCAGGGAUCUCGGGAGGUAAAGGGCAAGCGGGCCCGCAAGGCUUACCGGGGGGUCCGGGACAACCGGGUUACGGUAAACCGGGGUUCCCGGGACCCAAGGGUCACAAGGGACACGGAGGUGUUCCUGGACCUCCGGGCCUUAAAGGCGAUAACGGUCAGGGAGGCGUUCAAGGGGUCAUCGGUCCCACCGGCCUCAGCGGUACGCCCGGUCCACCGGGUCCAAUCGGCCCUCCCGGUAGUCUGGGCUUCCCGGGACAAAAGGGAGAGUACGGUGCCGGAGGAACAAAGGGAUAUCCCGGAACAAAGGGCGAAUUGGGGCCUCCGGGUCUUCCGGGACAGACGGGCAGAUCGGGAGAGGGCGGACAACCGGGACAGAGAGGUUUUCAAGGGCCUAUCGGCCCUAAAGGAGAAGCAGGUACGAGGGGUUUACCGGGCGUCCCCGGUGCUGCCGGAUUACCGGGAUCGAGAGGAGAGGGGGGAAAUUCUGGAGAAACGGGCCAGCAGGGACCUCAGGGAAUUCCAGGGAUCACGGGACCAGGGGGACCGAUCGGACCUCCAGGCCCGCCGGGCCCAAAAGGCGAAACGGGGGUGUCGGGUAAACCCGGCUAUCCCGGAGACGGUAAACCGGGAUCGCCCGGUGUCGUCGGUCCUCAAGGUAACCCCGGUCCCAGCGGCCAACCUGGAUAUCCGGGGCAACGGGGCCAACCCGGACCCCCCGGUCCUCCGGGACCUCCGUCUGUAUCUCCCGAUCUGGGACUGGUCCUCCCGGCGAGCGGCCCGUACAGCGGUCAAAGACAAGGUUACAAGAAACAGAAAAACGGAGGCGAGAGCGGCGUAGACGGCGCGGAGUUGCCGUCGUUUACGGCCACGCUCACAAAUCCGUUUCCUCUCGUGGGCUCUCCGGUAAUCUUUGAUAAACUCUUGCACAACGGCAAUCAAGACUACAAUCCCCAAACUGGUACUUUUACCUGUACCAUACCGGGGAUCUACUACUUUGCUUACCACGUCCACUGCAAGGGAAGCAACGUGUGGGUGGCGCUGAUGAAGAACAACGAGCCGGUCAUGUACACUUAUGACGAGUACAAAAAGGGCUUGUUGGAUCAGGCGUCCGGAAGCGCCGUACUCCCGUUGCGACAAGGUGACGCCGUGCACUUGCAGCUGCCGUCGGACCAGGCCGCGGGACUUUACGCGGGUCAAUACGUCCACUCGACAUUUUCCGGAUACUUGUUGUACCCGAUGUAAGCGAGCCGUUUGAAAGAAGGUACUCGAGGCGGAAGUGAAAUAGUUUACGAGGAGCGAGCGAUGGUUCUUGACGCGACAACAUACUUGAUCAAAUUCUUCUUUGCAUUAUACAACUGGGAUCCACAUGCGGUUAUCGGCAAUGAGACGUAGGAAGCGGCGAGGUGAAAAGUCAGUCAGAAAUAUCUUGGUUUUCAUCAUUUAUUUACGCUUACAUUUAUUCAUAUAUCCAUCCUCACACCAUUUAUCUGUAUCCAUGACUUUGCGGGAAUAAUUUCUUGAUUAAUGCGGCUGUAUGUCGAAGAAUUGUUUAACACCGGGCACAUACAAUCAUAUGGGUUUUAUGGUACAAUGCAUUUAAUCUGUUAUGGUAACAUACAGUGUGUUUAUCGCAUAGUUGUUAAGUUAUUGUUGUUUAUGUUAUUUGGGAAAUGCAGCUUUGAAACGUGACUAAAUGUUUAGUCUCAAGUCUGGCACCACGUGUUUGUCUCCAUCUUCACGCCACACCUCAGUUUGGAAGUAAAUGAAAGUUUGCCUGCAAUUUGGCAGAUUGUUGUCUAGUGACCAUUUGACAAAUUAGUUUUGUUUUGAGUAGAUGUUGAUUCUUGGUCAGUUAGUCUGAAUGAUCUGUAAUUUAUUUGUUUGACUACUGAUUAGUAAGCAUAACUUUUGUUUCUGUGAUCAACAGAAAUGUUUGGAAUCUACAGACAGCCAAUCUGUUCUGUCCAAAAACACUUUGCCACUAAGAUAUUUAGUAUUUGUUAGAACAGUAGUUGAAACGGUGGAUGUGGCAUUUUGGAAUGAAGUUGUUAUAAACUGUUGUUCCUGUUUGUUUGGACAAUGGUGCAAUGCAUAAGCAAAGAAAAAGAAACUGUGGCCAAAUGUGUGAAUGUUGUGUUUCUAAAUAAAAAGAACCUGUUGUCUAAAUGUGUUUUUGUCCACAAAUCUGUAACAUGUACAUCAGCAACUUGUAAAGAAGAUUGAACGUCAAUCGAAUCUUCAGGGGCGCCUACUGGCCUUUGGCGCUGUUUAAUUGAAUCGAUCAUGACGCAACACAUGUUAUGUUUAACAAUGCAGUAGCGCCACACUGUCAUCAUCCUGUGGCAAAGUGUUGUAUUUUUCCGCUCACUGCAAGAUAAAUGAUGAAAUGACUUUAAUUUAAAAUUGGCCAUUUGUAAUGACCUAGUUAUUUGACGCAUUUUCAGUUGUGUCCAAAGGGGGGGGUUGCUAUAGGUUUGUGUAUGUCAGUCACCUGUGAAGACCUCAUCCUAGUAAAUGUCCUCGUCGUGAGUAUUUGGCACAUGUCAGUCUAAUGUUGUUGGUUGUAGUCUAUACUUUGUGUGUGCAUUUGUACGCAAAUGAGGAUGCAUGACAAUUUGACAGGCUAUUGAGAGCACGUGAAAUGGAAUCUGAUGUGCAUUUUCCACACAAAUAGUACUUCCUUAAACACUGUUUUUGUGAACUUGUGUUAAGUAAUGAAUGAAAGGUCUGGAGUGUGGGGGGGGGCAAAGGAGAAGUAAAAUGCAAUCGUGUAGUCAUUAGUUGAAUGUUUUUAUUCUUUAUUUCUGUAAAUAUAGAAAUUCCCCAUAGAAAGAAAAAUCAAGUAGAUUGUGUCGUUUCCAUUGUCGAUAAAGCUGAAUUGAACGGGAGACAUUGUGACCAAUCACAUAUCGAGGUGUCACACUUUCACUUCCUCCUCCUCUGGGCAUGGAAGCAGAGAGCUAGCAUCACUUUGCCUGUUAGCAGACAUUGAUGAACCUUUCGCGAGCACAGCCACGCACAA